CUGGGCAGGACAGGAAACGGGACGCGAGGGACGCGCAGCAAUCUCCGUUCUCCGGGAGCGAGAAUGGGAGAGGAAAACGAAAUGUGUCAAUAGAAGACUGGAAGAAUUGAAUCGGGCAAAUAAAUAAUUUGUCUUUUUAGUAUUUAUAUCGCGCUGUUUAGCACCAGAGACGUGGGAUAUUUACCUUUAACAUUAUUCUUAAUAAUUAUCGGCUGUUUUCAUUACAUAAAAUAACUGCAGAGCUAUUCGCCGCUUGGCACAAGUGGACUUCAGUGUAAGAGAAAAACACUAUACCAAAGCAGAUAUGGAGCAGGUGUCAGAUGAUGAGCUGGACCAUGCUGCUGAAGAAGACAGCGAUAAGGAGGACCAGGAUCUUGACAAGAUGUUUGGUGCCUGGUUGGGAGAACUGGACAAACUCACACAGAGUUUGGAUGAUGGGCGUCCUGAGAAAGUGCAGAAAGCUCCUCUCAGACAGGAAACCAACCUUGCCAAUUUCUCCUACCGCUUCUCUAUCUACAACAUCAACGAAGCCAUUAACCAAGGCGAGACAGUGGACCUGGAUGCCCUCAUGGCCGACCUGUGUUCAAUAGAACAAGAGCUCAGCACUAUCGGCAAACCCAUGAGCAAGCCCUUGGAUGGCAAAUCUAGACAAAGACCCACAGGCCGCUCGGCCAGCACCAAACACACCGGAGGGGGCAGCAGCGGAGGAAGUGCCAGCAGCAGCACCAGAGCGUCUCCGGCCUCCACCGUACGAGGUGGCAGCAGUCAGUCACGGCCCCUGGCCUCCAACUUCUCCCUGGAUGACAUCACUGCUCAGCUAGAAAAGGCGUCCCUGAGCAUGGACGAGGCGGCGAAGCAGACUUCCGAAUCUUCCUCAUCAUCUUCCUCCUCAUAUUCAUCUGCAACUCUCUCUCACCCGCCUUCUAACGCACAUCAUCGCCGUACAGGAUCGGUUGGGACGGUCAGUGACCAGGAAGUGCGCUCCAUCGGUCAUUCGUCCAGGUCAAGCGUCAACUCUGCCUCGGCAUCCAGCAUGGAUUCACUGGACAUUCGAGGGCAGGAGAAUGAGGCGCAGUCACAGAAUCCGAACCAAAGCCAGACUAGCACAGAGCAUGUCUCACUGCGAAGGGCCAAUGGUAAAGCUACCAGACGGCAUCUUGACUUCACCUCACAGGAGGGGGAGGUGGAUCAAAGUACUCACUCGUAUCUGGACAGGGAGACCUCUCUGAUUCUGAAAAACAUUGCAGGAAAACCCUCUCACCUGCUGACCAAGGAAGAACAGGCUGCCAAAGCCAAGGCUGAGAAAAUCCGUGUGGCGUUAGAGAAAAUUAAAGAAGCCCAGGUUAAAAAGCUGGUGAUACGUGUACAUAUGUCAGAUGAGAGCUCAAAGACCAUGAUGGUGGAUGAGAGGCAGACGGUCAGGCAGGUGCUGGACAGUCUGCUGGAUAAAUCUCACUGCGGUUACAGUCCGGACUGGGCCCUGGUUGAGACCAUACCUGAGCUACAGAUGGAGAGAAUUUUUGAAGACCAUGAGAACCUUGUGGAGAACUUGCUCAACUGGACCAGAGACAGUCAAAACAAACUCAUGUUCAUUGAACGGAUUGAAAAGUAUGCACUUUUCAAAAAUCCACAGAACUAUUUACUUGGGAGGAAGGAGACCUCUGAGAUGGCAGACAGAAACAAGGAGGCAUUGCUGGAGGAAUGUUUUUGUGGAAGCUCAGUGUCUGUUCCUGAAAUUGAGGGAGUGUUGUGGUUGAAGGAGGAUGGCAAAAAGUCUUGGAAGAAGCGCUACUUUCUGCUGAGGGCAUCUGGCAUCUAUUUUGUGCCGAAGGGCAAAGCCAAGGCUUCAAGGGAUUUGGUGUGCUUCCUGCAGUUGGACCAUGUUAAUGUUUAUUAUGGUCAGGACUACCGGAGCAAGUACAAGGCCCCCACUGACUAUUGCCUGGCCCUCAAGCACCCUCAGAUACAGAAGAAGUCACAGUAUAUCAAAUACCUGUGCUGUGAUGAUGUCAGAACUCUGCACCAGUGGGUUAAUGGCAUUCGUAUUGCUAAGUAUGGGAAGCAGUUGUAUGUCAACUACCAGGAAGCCAUGAAGCGCACAGAAGCUGCCUAUGACUGGUCUUCUCUCUCCAGUACCAGCAUCAAGUCAGGAAUAAGCUCAGUCAGUGUACCUGAAUCACAGUCAAACCACUCUAGCCAAGCAGACAGUGGUAUGUCAGAUGGUACUUCGUCCUCCCAUGCCCGUUCCCAGAGUGUAGUCAGUUCUAUCUUCUCUGAGGCCUGGAAAAGAGGGACGCAAAUCGAAGAGAGUACAAAGGCAAGGCCAGAAUCAAUGCGUUCUACCCAUUCAAGCCAUAGCAGCCAUUCUUCUCAUCAUGUGCCUCAACAGCAGCAUCCACACCCAGUGCCACAGCCACAUCCAAUUCCACAGUCACGUGGAAGUGUCACCCAGGCACUGACACAGGCACCAAUACAGACACCGAUACAGGCACCGGCACAAAUACCACCCCAGGCAACUCCACCCCCACCACCUCCUCCACCACCACCACCUCCUCCACCCCCACCUCCUCCUAUUUCCAGUAUCCCCUACCAUGCCACACCUACCAUGUUUGCCAAAUACAGCACUAUCACUCGGCUGCAGAAUGCCUCUCAGGCCACAAGUCACCACAAGCCUCAGCCUCAAGUCCAGCAGCAAGUCCCACCGGCCUCCAAACAACAAUCAAACAAUAUUCCACCAGGGGCUAACAUACCACCCCCUCCUCCUCCACCGCCACCUGCCCCAGUGCCUCCACCUGGAUCAGCCAUGGCUGUUUUGAAGCUUGGUCCUCCAGCCCCAGCAACAGCUCCUCAGACCUCCCCUCCUCCUCCCCCCUCACCUCCAACUCCACCACCUCCUCCCAUAAUGCCCAUGCAGUCACAGUAUCUACCGCCUCCACCUCCCAUAAUGCCAAUGCAGUCUCAGCCUCUACCGACUCCACCUCCCAUAAUGGCAAUGCAUUCACAGCCUUUACCACCUCCUCCACCCAUAAUGCCCAUGCAGUCACAGCCUUUACCACCUCCUCCUCCAAUAAUGGCAAAGCAUUCACAGCCUUUACAACCUUCUCCACCCAUAAUGCCGGUGCAGUCACAGCCUUUACCAUUUCCUCCUCCUCCUAUAAUGCCCGUGCAGUCACUGCCUUUACCACCUCCUCCACCCAUAGUGUCAAUCCAGUCACAACCUCUGCCACCUCCUCCACCCCCUCUUCAGGGUAAUGGCCUUCCCCCUCCUCCACCACACUCGACAGUACAGUCACCUUUCAUAACCAAUGGACUCAAGAAGGUCCUUGCCCAUAAAUUUCCCAAUGUCCCCCAGGAUAUAAUACCCCUAGCCAAUCAGAUCCAUUCUCCUCCUCCCCCUCCACCACCGCCACCACCCCCAUCAUCAGCACCUACACUCCCUCGCCAACAGCAUAUUGCUACAGCUCCAAAUCCACCACCACCUCCACCAGCCCCCAUGCAGGUGCCAAUUCAACCUGCCGUUUUGCCCAAAACUUUCACUGGUGGAUUUCCACCCCAGACUGCACCAAAACCUUCGUAUGGCAUUCUUCCAGUAUCCCCAGUACCUCCAGCACCUCAAGCUCCAGCACCACCUCCCCCACCCCCACCUCCUCCUCCACCUCCAGCACCAUUGAAGAACCAACCCCCACCUACACUUCCCAAGCAGCACAGCAUCUCCAAGACACUACCCUUCUCCAACCAAACCUCCUCAGUGCCAUCUCUGGUUAAGCAGCUUGCUAGCCAGUUUCCUGUUGCAUCUCCUGCAAUGACCAAUCAAACUGAGUCUCAAAGUCACAAAGCUCCCCAGUCCCUACCUGCAGUGAAGGCUAAACCAAAAUGGCAGCCUGUAGGUCAAGGCCAGCAGCAACAGAGGUCACCUGAAUUUCCACCACCUCCUCCAGAGAAUACCCUUGCCUUUCCUUCACCACCACCUCCGCCACCACCACCUCCACCUCCUCCUCCGGGUACUACUCCUCCUCCUCCUCCACCUCCUCCCCCUCCGGGUACUACCCCUCCUCCUCCUCCACCUCCUCCCCCUCCGGGUACUACCCCUCCUCCACCUCCUCCUCCUCCGGGUACUACCCCUCCUCCACCUCCUCCUCCUCCGGGUACUACCCCUCCUCCUCCUCCGCCUCCUCCUCCUCCGGGUACUACCCCUCCUCCUCCUCCACCUCCUCCUCCUCCUCCGGGUACUACCCCUCCUCCUCCUCCACCUCCUCCUCCUCCAAUGUCAGGCUCCCUUAUAAGGAAGUCCCCUUCUAACUCAUCUGCAGGUGUCAAGAAACCUCCAUCGACAACUCAGUGCAACUCCAGUGCGAAGUACAAUGCCUCGGUGGAGUACCAGGAGUCCCGCAUGAACUUGGUGAGCAAGUUUAACCCUAGUCCAUCAUUGGCAUCAAGCUCCAGUAGCUCACCCUCCAAAGAGCUUUCCACAGGUCCUCGGGCACCCCCCAAACCAGGAAAGCUCAAUCUGGCAAAUCUUCCUUUGGCUUUGCAGAACAAAUUUAAUCAAAACCGCCAACCCACUGCAACCUUUCCAUCCCCUCCACCCCCAGAAAAUGACAUCUUUCCCCCUCCCCCACUGGAGUCUGACCUCCCUCCACCACCUCCCCUUCCAGGUGAUCCAAAUGGUUUGUCUCCGAAAGUGGCUGUGGUCAAUCCUCAGCCCCAGCCUCCUUGGGGCAAGAGUUCCCUGAAAAAGACACAACCUCCAGCGUCAAUUCGCUAUAACAACACUAUUAGAGAGACUCCACCACUCUCACCACCUUGCAUACAAGGGGGCCCUAUUCCCCCUUCUUCUCCCAAAGGCACCACGCAGCCAAACUUCAUGGAGGACCUUCACAAGACACUGAAACGUAAGUCCUCGCGAGUCUCUGGAGACAAAGUGGACCCUGUGGCCACAAUGGAUGACAUGGCUUUGCCACCACCUCCACCUGAGCUUCUGAAUGAUCAACAGAGACACAGUGGUAGUGGCUUCAUGUCCGGGAAUAUCUCAGGCUAUGCAACACUACGGCGAGGGCCUCCUCCUGCUCCACCCAAGCGGGACCACAGCACCAAACUCACAAACUGAGAAAACUGCAACUUUUCCUGGACACUCUUGCUUGCUAUUUACAUGUUUUUCUCAUAGAAGCCAUCAUUUUGUUGGUAUGCUCAGCUUUUUCUGUACAAAACCGCUCAAGAAGUUUCAGCUUUACUGUGACUUUGUGACAGUGCAUCAGUUCCAGUUCCAGACAACUGAGUGAUUCCACUUCAACACCUUGGUACUGCAUGGAAGACAAAACUACAUUAAACUGUUAAUCUUACUGAUUUUUUGGGAAGAUAAACUUUUUCAACUUUGAGAUUGGGUGGGAUUUUGAUUUUAUUUUAUUUUUUUAUAUUAUCGAUUAUUUAAUAAUCUUGUAAGAGAUUUUGUUAUUUCAGACUGAAGUUUUUAAAUGGUUGGAUGGUUGUUGUUUGAGGAGUUUUAGAUGGGUAGGUUGAAUUAGACUGUGUUUGGCUGGUAUAUUAGUUUGGCAAAUCUUUGGCCAUUUAUGUGGCAGAUCAAGUGCUCAAUGGAUGCAUCUAGAAUGGAUCUUGAUCACUAUUGCUCUUUGUGCAUUUUAGUUGUAUUUGUCAGAACUGUAACAUGAAGGACUUGUUGUUCAGGGAGUUGCCCCAAUGUCUAUUUCUGUGAGACUGUGGAAUGUUUGCUUCUUUAUUUGUAUUUUUUAUUUUCAUUAGACCUGUUAAAAUUGUAGAUAUUCUCAUUUGCUGCAGUAUUUGUCAGCUUUGUCUAGGUAAAACAAUUGACUGCCUUGCUGUUCCUUGUUGGUCCUUACUUCCUCUAGUGAACAUUCAAGCUGACAUUUACAAAUUAUUCGCUUAUGAAGAGAUGGACUUUUAAGUCAUGUGACUGAAUGACACAAUCAUUAUUCACAUAGAUUUAUCCUAUAUCCUGUAUUAUAACCUAUAUUAUUGGCUCACAAAUACGGCCAUGCCUUAAGAUUCUAGAACAUGUGUAUCAAACAACUGAUCAAAAUAUCCUCAUCUUGUAAAAAGAGGCCAUUAGGAAGUUCAAUUUCCCUGUAGGUUUUACUUGUUGAAGGAUUCUGGCUCAUUUUCUCCAUUCAGACAUGACGUGCAACUUCAGAAUCUUACAGUGAACACCUAUACUUGGCAUAUGUACAAAACAAUUAUGCAUAUUAACGCAUGUCCACAUUUCAUUUUUGAAGAAUUUGUUUAUUGAAUGUAUUUACAAUAUCAUGAAACUUUUCAGGUUGUUGAGAAGUGACUAACUGAAGUUAAUAUUAAAUUAUUAAAGUAUCCGGUCAUGAUCCAUCAAAGGUCAGUGAACAUCAUGCUCUGCGUAUCCCUCUGCAAAAUGUGUAAUUUUAACUGAAAUUAUACAUGUUGAUAUCA